CAAGAAGAAAGGAGAGGAGAAGAAAAGAGGUGUUACAUGUAGCGUCACAGUACUCUGACCACUGUUCUGUGAUUGACUAGACACCUGGAUGUGAAAAAGUAUCAACCCUCCUGCUUUUACCUCCAGUCUCUGCUGCCCUGAGUCCGAUGGCAAAGCAUGACCCGAAGGACCCCCCUCCUCCUUACUACUCUAUUGACGUGCACACCCAGCCCCCCCUCAAGUCCUACGAGGAGGUGGUGUAUGGUGUGGGUCCAGGCCUGACACCCCCCAACCAGCCACAUUACAUACCCCAGUAUCCACCACCUGUGGUUGUUCACCAAGUCGCACAGCCAGCCCCCAGUAAUAAGAGGAGGAGAUGCUGUGAGAGUAAUUCCCAGUGUUACGGAGGGUCAGGGGGAGCCUUACUGGUGCUUGCUCUGCUGGCGCUGGCCAUCUGGCUUGGAGUUCGUUAUGGCACCAGGCUGCCAACAACAGUGACCAUUUACAAUGAGAACACUGAUGACAGAAUUGAAGAUCCGUUGCCAAUUUUCGACACCUGCCCGAACAAUACAGUCCAGUGUGAUGGGAUAGUAGACUGCCAACUGGGCAGUGAUGAAAAUAAUUGUGUGAGGUUUGGUGAGGGCAACAGUCUGCAGGUCAGGACGUCUGAAGAUGGCCGCUUCCUACCAGUGUGCUACGAAGGCUGGGACGAGAGAUAUUCAGAUCAGACCUGCACUCACCUGGGGUUCAGAAAUUCUUAUGUCACCACAUCAGUGAAAUCCCAGACCCAGUCCAUUGGUUUAACAUUGACCAGCAGAUCGUCGCCACUUAUCCAGGGUGCGGUAAAAGUCAGUUCUUCCUGUCCAUCCCAGGAAACCGUCUCCCUGCAGUGUGUGGACUGCGGUCAGCAGCAGUCUACAUCCCGGAUCAUUGGGGGUAGCAUAGCUAAGACAGGUCAGUGGCCUUGGCAGUUGUCGCUCCACUUCAGAGGAUCCCAUAUCUGCGGUGCAGUUCUCAUCUCUCCUGUUUUUGCGGUGACUGCUGCCCACUGCUUCCCAAGAAAAGCUUUGGCUGCCUUAACACAGUGGAAAGUGUAUGCUGGAGUGGUGUCCCAGGACAAUCUACCUCAGCCUUACCUGGUUGAAAAGAUCCUGCUCAACGAGAAUUACAACAGCAGGACUAAUGACCAAGACGUCGCUCUGCUCAAAUUUACAUCUCCAGUUGUUUUCAAUGAUAAAGUUCAGCCAGUUUGUCUGCCAACUUCUGGCCAGCAAAUUCCCCCAGGACAGAAAUGCUGGACCUCAGGCUUUGGCACCACUGAGGCAGGAUCAGGCACUGUCUCCAAGGAUCUGAUGGAGGUGUCUGUGGACAUCAUUGAUACACGAGUGUGCAACAGCCCCCGGGUGUAUGGAGGCGCUGUGACCAGGAACAUGAUCUGUGCUGGGAACCUGGAAGGAGGCAAAGACUCAUGUCAGGGGGACAGUGGGGGACCUCUGGUAUGUCAGGGAGACAGCCGUUGGUACCUGGUGGGGAUCACGAGCUGGGGAGCUGGCUGUGGUGAAAGAAACAAGCCUGGCGUCUAUACCAAAGUCAGUAGUGUUCUGCCCUGGAUCUACAGAAAAAUGCAGGAAGUGAAGUGAUGUCCCUUUGUGUCCUGCGGGUGCUCCGCCCCCCCCCCCCUGCACUAUGAAGUUGUCUUGAGUAGAUAGACGGACUUACAAACAGAUGAAGGAAUUGAUGAGGAGAAAAUGUGGACGGAAAGACAGACAGAUGAAAGGUCGGGGGAGUGGCAGCAUGACAAAAUGCACAGGUUUAAACACAGGACCUCUGUCUUGGUGUCCUGCAUCAUCUACAGUAUACUCAUCCUCUGUCACACGUAUGUGUUGUGUAUUAAUACACACUAAUUGAUGCAAUGACUUCAGUCUUGCAUUCUUAAUUUUCUUUCCUCUGUCUCUUCCUCUGUCUCAGUUGAGCAGUAUACUUAUGUUUACCUACAGCACAUGUUAAGCAAACUUUAAAGAUGGCUGGCCCUGUCACCUUUAUAUUUGAGUGUGAUACUCUUUAACAGAUGAUUUAUGAUUGUAGAGGUGUGUUUUUUUUCCUCAGGGACACAUCUCAGGCUUUUCUAAUGUUAACUGUUUUUUUUUUUUUACCAUAUCAACAUAAAAAAGACACUUUAUGUAUUCACUUUAUGAAGGAAGCAGUGUGACCUUUGACCCCCUUAUUGAGCUGGCACUCUGUCUGUGCACCCUAAAACUCCUCUUAUACUCACACUGUGAAUUUUUUUUUUUUCAAAAAUUGUUAUUCUUACGUUGUAUGUGAAGGUGUGCGUCAUCUGUGUCAUAUUUAUGCGGCUUGUGUGUGGGAUCGCUGAGCACACAGAAGAAAUAAAGAUGAAGGAAGAAAUCCUUAUUAUUAUGGCGUUGAUUAAUCAUAGAAUAAAACCUGACCCUCACAUGCUGUCAGUCACACAUGAGGCUGGCAUAAUGCUGCGGGGGGGGUGGGGUCUAUGAUGGGUGUGUGUUUGUGUGUGUAAGAGAGAGAGAGAGAGAGAGAGAGAGACAGGGAGAGAAAGAGAGAAAGGGUUCAACGCACUAAAUAAACAGUCACUCCAGGAGUCGAACUGUUACCCAUCACUUCUAUUUUCGCAGGACAAGUAGAUGUGAGAAGUGUGUGCCCAUAUUGACAGAUGAGAAUAUUUAGAACGAAAGCCUUGUGAGAGAAGCUGAUUGAUUUUCGCGGGUGGAUUAUCAGUUUGGUGGCCAACGGGUCCGCUGGAGAAACAAGAGUUGCCAUGGAAACUAUUUUGCUCUUCCUCUCUUCACUCCUGGUGUGUAUGGCUGCUGAAGCAGACCCCAGUGCACCGAAAAAGGGGAACCUUGAAGACCCAUUUGUUUAUGACUAUGAGAGUCUCAGGAUUGGGGGAUUGACACUUG